AUGGCUGAUUCAUCUGGAAAUCUCCCUUCUAGUGUUGAGUACCAGUAUUUGGAGCAGACAUACGACCUUUCUUCAAUGGAUGGGGUCAAGUUCCUGCCUCAUGGUUCAUCUAUUACGUCUCCCCGUCCUGGCAAAAUGGGGGUCUAUCUGAAGUCCUUUGACGCCAGGCUACACCUUCCUCUUACCGAUUUCCAGGAAGAGGUAGUAGCGUUUGAGAUGAUUUGCAGCGCCAACGGCGUUCUCCCCGACUAUUUUGUCUUUAAAUACUUCUUUAGUUUCUGUUGCACUAGAGACAAGUGCACUUCUUCUGUUCGGCGAGGGGGGCAUACCUUGGUCCCCGAUGGAAAGAUCCCCAAGAACAGGCAAGGCAAGUGGUUAUGGGUGAAUCAUGGUUUGGCGGGCAGUGGGCGAUAUCGCGCUAAGUCCUUUUCCGAUCUUACUCCCAAAUUGUUUCCGCACAACCAAAGUUUUGUCUACCUUCUAAAGAACAUCCAGGUUACUCCUGAGGAUUAUUCUGAGGUGAUGCUGUCAGGUGUUGAGUCCACUCUAUCCAUGGCCGAAGUGUUACGAAAGUGUUAUCGGGGGAAACUAGAACACCAAGAGGUAGAUUUGGUCGAUAUCCUUCCUCCCCCUCGACGUGUUGACCAGAUUUCCCUGGCCACUUCCGCAUCUACUCCUUCUGUGGCUACUGGGACGCCGACACCAAUUGUUGUGGUUGCUUGUCCCAUUACCACUGUUGCGCCUUUGACUGGCACUUGUUCUAGUUUGGUUGGGGUGAAUGAGGAUAGCAAAGAUGGUAUUAUCUCUGAUGUUUGUCGUGUGUAG